AUGCCUGCGAAAACCAAGGCCGCGGCCGCAAGGCCCUCCACGACCCGGCAAGCCUCUGGGACCGCUGCCGUCAAGUCGACGACAAAGCCCACAACCAAGGCUGCCAAGGCGACGACGCGCACUGCCGCGUCCAAGAAGCGGAAGGCCGAGGAGGAAGCCUCUGCAGAGCCCGAGCCCAGGGCCAAGAAGCGCGCUCAUGUCGAGACUGGGAAAAAGAUCAACGACGCGCCCACCCAAGUCCUAGACAUUUACGUCUUCGGAGAGGGCAGCUCGGGCGAGCUGGGUCUCGGCAGCGGACGCAUCAAUGGCAAAAGACCCAUCGACGUGAAACGCCCACGGCUCAACGACAAACUUUCCGCCAAGUCUGUCGGAGUUGUGCAGAUUGCGUGCGGCGGCAUGCACGCAGUGGCCUUGACGCGCGACCACAGAAUCCUCACCUGGGGCGUCAACGACCAGGGAGCCCUAGGUAGAGACACUGCCUGGGAGGGAAAUCUCCGCGAUGCGGACAAAGAUGAGGGAUCCGACUCGGGGUCUGACGACGACGACUCGGGCAUCAACCCGCUUGAGAGCACGCCGACGGCCCUGUCCGACGAUGCGAGUUUCGCCCUCACUGAGGACGGGCGAGUGUAUGGCUGGGGCACUUUUCGCUCGAGCGACGGAGUCCUUGGGUUCACCGAGAAAAUCAGGGUUCAGGAAACGCCAGUGCUCCUGCCGACACUCAAGAACAUCAAGGCCCUCUCUGCCGGAUCCAACCACAUUCUGGCCCUGGACCACAAGGGCUACGUUCUUGCUUGGGGCUGCGGCCAGCAGAACCAGCUUGGCCGACGCAUCAUUGAGCGCAACAAGCUGUCGUCGCUGAUUCCACAGGGCAUCGGCCUACCCCGGGGCAAGAUCGUCAAAGUUGCCUGUGGUUCCUACCACAGCUUCGCCCUCGACAAGGACGGCAAUGUCUGGGGCUGGGGCCUGAACAACUUUGGCGAGAUUGGGGCGGAAGGCAACGCUGGCGAAGACGACGCCGUCAUCCUCAAGCCAGCAAAGGUUGAGUUCUUGGACAAGUAUGAGGUAACCGGCAUCGAUGGCGGCGUCCACCAUUCGGUGGCCUGCACCGACAAGGGCGAACUCCUCACCUGGGGCCGUGUCGAUGGAUUCCAAAUUGGCUUUGAGCCGGAUCAGCUCAAAAAGGACGAUGUCCUCUUCGACGAGCGCGGCGACCCUCGCAUUCUGAUCAGGCCUACUCCGCACGCCGGAGUCUCCAAGGUCGCGUCGGUGUCGGCCGGAACCGACAACAGCUUUGCCGUGACGGACGACGGCAAGGUCUACUCCUGGGGAUUCUCGGCCAACUACCAGACUGGCCAGGGUACCAUCGAGGACAUUCACACACCCACGCUAGUCGAUAAUUCGGCCAUCCGCGACAAGAAGAUCCUCGCGGCCUAUGCGGGCGGGCAGUUUUCCAUUCUCAUCGCCGCGGCCGAGGGGAAGCCCAAGACCAACGGUGUCAAUGGUCAGUAA